AAAAGACGGUCUCGUGGGCGACGCCGCUCUCCGCCACGUGCGUGUUUACCGACGCGAAGUGACAAGUGUUCAACAUGUGACAUAAAAUAAAGUGAAUGCCAAGAGGAUCCAAAGGUGUUUUUAUUUAGUACGGAACCCACAACUCCAUAAUCAAUCUAUAAAAAUAAAUUUUUGAUCGAGAAAUACGAAAUUUUAGCGAAACAGUUAAAUUUUUUUAAAAAGAGUUCAAUUUCUGACAAAAUAAUUCAGUUUUUAACUAAAAUGAUUAAUAUUCAUUAUAAAAAAAAAGGAUUUUGAAUAAAGAAGUACACGUUUCAACCAGGGAGCGAUGACAAGGUAACGAGAGAGCACAGAAAAUAAACAAAAAAACAAAAUGGCGAAAGGUGCUGAAAGAUUGCCUGGAACGACAACCAGAAUAAGGACCAGAGAUGAUGGGUGCUGUUCUGUGAAUUUUCUGAAAUAUGUUCUUCACAUUUACAACGUUGUCUUAUUCCUCUCUGGUCUGGUGGUAGGUGGUAUCGGAGUGUGGACUGUCGUAUCAAAACACAGCUACAUUUCGCUAAUGGCAACUUCGACCUAUCCGAUUUUGGCUUACGCGCUCAUAGCUGCUGGUUCUCUUGCUGUAAUUGGCAGCUGGAUCGGCUGCGGAGGCGUCACGUCCGAGAAUCGAUGUGUUCUUCUAGUGUACAUAUUCGUAGUGAUGGGAGUUUUAGUACUGGAAGCUGGAGUUGGAGCUCUUGCACGUUUGUAUGAGGAGCAAGUUGGGCCAGAAUUAAAGGGAAAUUUAAAUCGCACCUUCCUCGAAACCUACUCUGUCAGGGCUAGGGAAACAACUGCUAUUGAUGAAAUGCAAAGAGAGUUCAAGUGCUGUGGUGCGAUGAGAUUUGAGGAUUGGUUAGGGAGCGAGUGGCACAUGGAUGAGGAGGUCCAAAGAAAUGGGAGCCUCGUACCAGACAGCUGUUGCAAGACACCAAGCUUUUUAUGUGGAAGAAGGGACCAUCCUUCGAACAUCCAAUAUACGGGCUGCAUAUACAAAUUCCUAGAAACCACGAAGGAUCAUCUGAUCAUCCUUGGAGCUGUUGGUUUGGGACUUUCAGUCCUCGAGGUCUUCGGAAUCGUCUUGGGAACCUGCCUUUAUAUAAAACUUCGGCACGAUUUCGAUGACUGAGAAUUACUUUACCAGGAGACCAAUAAUAAUGGGCAUUCCUGGUGCAGAUAUGCACAAAAUCCAGUCUGAUUAAAUGAGAGGUAGUAGCGUGUUGCGCAACCCCAGUGAUGAUAAUUCUUCUGCAUCAAAAGAUAUUUUUCUCCUAAAAUCAAACCUAAAGUUAAAAAAUCUUUCUAAUUAUCAAUAAUCCUCACUGGGGUGUCCUAAAAAAGACAAUUUUUUUAACAUCCACUUAAUAUAUUUGAUUUUUUACACUAAAUUUUUCCAACAAGUAUAAAACAGGAGUUACCAAUACAAAAAAUAUUAGUUAUUUUUGGACACCCAAAUUUUCGCCCUGAAAAAAAUUGGGAGAAAUCACGAGUUGUCUCACGUUACUCUUCCAAAUUUGAAAAUCUCAUCACGUAAAAAUUGAAGAAAUUACUCAAAGAAAAUCAGAAUCGAGAAAUGAUUCUUGGCUUGAGUAAAAACUUCCUCUAAGGUCUCUCGUCUCGAAAUUGCGCAAUCGAUACAAGAUUUAAUGACGAACCUUUUCGGUAAUAAAUCCGACUAAUGGGGCUUGUGAAUUGAAAGCAGUCUCCAAAGAACGGUGCUCGUUUGCGUAACUGAAAUUAACUGAUACUAAAAGGGGAUUUUCAAUUCCGAUCCCAAUUCCAAUGGACUUUUUCCGAUACUGCCAGGAUCUAGCCGCACAGUUUAGUGACGAAUUCUUUCGGUGAUAUAUCGAAUAGGGACCACCGAAUACCAUAAACCAGGCUCGUCCAGCGAGGAGAAAUCCGAGGAAUUUUUUCAAAAACUACUCAAAUUCUACUUCAUGAGAUAAGUGUACAAUUAGGAUUUGAGUGAAUUUCACCUCGCUGGACAGGCCUGACGUAAAGUACCAAAUUAAGGGAAAGCGAUUCAAACUGCGACACUGCCGCAUUGCAACGAUAUAGGCUUUCAAGUAAAGAUAUAAUUACGAAAUUCUUGGAAAUUAAAAAAAAAUCUACUGAUUAAAUUUAAACAAAACAGGCUUAAAAUCUACAUUAAAAAAUAUAAAAAAUUUGUAAAUAAAAAAUUCCUCUUCCUUCCCUUUUUAAAUGGGGAUGACAAAAUACAACAAAAAAUAACAACCUUUUGGUGUCCAUUGUGAUUAAAAAAAAAUUAUUUUCCUAAAAAGUUGGGGUCACGAGAUUUCGCAUAUAUGUUUGUGUUUUUAAAGAUUGUUGAAAGGUUUAAAGAAAAAAAAAUUGUUUUAAGAUUUAUGGGAUAACGGUAAGUGACUUUUCUUUAAAUACAUUUUAGGAAAACAUUUUACAAAAAAACAAUAAUAAAUUUAAGAUGUAUUUAGAAGUUUUGAAAAGAUUCCCAAUAAUUUAAGACUUUGCAAAUUUAAAAAAAUAAAAUGUAGAUAAUGGAAGAAAUCGAACAUCAAAAUGGUAAGCUUUUGUAAAUAUUUCAAGCGAGGAACAAAAUUUUCUAAAGAUUAUAUCCAUUUUUUAAUUUUCUGAGUAUAUUUAACAUGAUUUUUUAUAUGAA